UGGUCAGCACGUACAUUAUCAUCACAGUUAGUUGUUUGUUGUUGGUUGGUGCAAAAAAUGGCAACCUUCUUCGGGGAAGUGCUCACGUUGAGCUCAAGAGCAGUGGACGAUGAUGACGAAGACGAAGGAGACGAAAUGCUGCCAAGGUUCCCUGAGCCGCAGUUUGCUUGGCAACCAGGUGUCAAUAAAGAGAUGGAGGAAUCUGAAGUAAGGAAAUUGAGUUGCAGAACACUCAUCAUAGCUGUUGGUCCUGCAGCAACAGCUUUUCUAGAAGCCUACAUUUUGUGGAGCAAGAUAGAAGUUGUCGCGACAAUAGAAUAUGAUCUAAGCAGGUCAAAUUCUGCUAAAGGUCAUCACAAGUGCUCAGUUUACCGGCUGAAAAACCAUCCAGAUGUUCUAGUCUGUCAGUGCAAAAAUGAGGUUCUUCCUGGAAUGUCACAUGUAUGGACAAAACAGCUCUUUCAAAACCUGGACUCAACAGAUAUGGAGGUCAUUGUAAUGGACAUGGCAUCCACUGCAGAGUACAGAACGGAUAUGUCAUCAUCAGAGAUUCCAGCCUGCUUUCUACGCUCAAUGCAAUCCAGUACACAAGGCAGGAAAAUACAGCCAUGUCCUUCACUUGAAUCACCAAAUGUUAUCAAAGGACUAAGUGCAUCAGUCUUAAGCCACUGUCAGAUAUAUGGUGUAUCCUGCCUGUUGUGCAUUGGCUUCUUUGACAGCCUGUUCCUACACACAGAUGACAUCAAGGUAUUCCUGCCUUUACUAUCAUCUGACCCAAUUAAAGAUAUUGUUCAGGAAAAUCCUGAUGCAGAAUCUGUUUUGAGGAAGCUUGUUGAAAGAAGAGCUCUUCAAGGCAGUCUUUAUACGUGAGAGAGAGUUCUUGAAACAAGGCUUGGUCUCCCAGCUUGAACUUCUCAUUCUACAGACUUACCAGCCUCUAGCCUUAAGCCCUUGAUGCCUCAUCAAAACAGUCCAAAUUUUCAAUAGAAGCCUAUUUUGCAAAAUGAAAAUGGUGUGUUCCUUCCCACAAAUACUUAAGUUACUAUAGAAAAACAAGUGGAGAGUUUCCGAAGGGGGAGCUUCCACAAUUCCUGUUCUUUGCAAGGGACACUGAAUCUCUGAGGAGAAAUUAAAGGAUGUCAAACCACCAUGAUGGGGUCCCCCGGCUCCGUAAUAAACAAGGGGAAUGGAAGAAAGCAGGUAAGAAGCAGUGGCAAACUAAGGGGGGUCGUUCCCCCCAAAUGAUGUCGGUGCCCUCACCCCUGCCCCCAUUUGAAAUUUGAAAAUUUGAGAUAAUAAUUUACUGGAAUAUAAAAAUGCUACAUGUAUAGCCCAUUUUCAAAUUUACAAAAACAAGCUGAAGGUUGAAGGCGGUGGAUCUGGACACUAUUGGUAAUUACUCAAAAUAAUUAUUAGCAUAAAACCUUAAUUGGUAACGAGUAAUGGGGAGCUG